CAAACAUUCAAAUCUCAUAUCCCUGUUUUCUCGAGGCUGUACUACGAUACCUUUAUCUCAAAAUGCGCGUUGUUCCCACGGACCUGCAACAGCGCCCACCAUGACACUGACAGGAGGUUCUACGUUGUGCUAAACGAGACAUACUGACCGACCAUAAGCUACGCCUUUCUUGAUUCAAUUCCUUCAUGCUGAACUCUACUGCAACGAAGUCCGCUUCUGCUGUUCCCAUUCGGCAGUCGUUUUCAAUAGGCCCCUAUCUCAUACUACCUGACCUCAUCCUCGCCGCCAUCCUUGCAUUGGGUCUAAAAUUUCAAUUUCGCGUUCUUUUUUUCGCGUUAUUCUCUUAUGUAUGCAUUUCCGGUGUCCUAUGCACUACGGGGGAUAGAAUGCAAGACUAUUCCAUCGGUUCGACGCUCGGUGGACAAUUCUUCACUGCGGCACAUCUUCUUCUAUUCGCGGAGCCCCUCGCUCAUUAUCGACACUGUGCAGAUAAGGACGAUCCUAGGAACAAGACCCUUUGGAGAAGGAUGCUAUGGUCUUUGUGUAUUGUUCAUUCACCUCGCGGAAUAGGAUGGAAUUACCAGGUCUCCAACGUACCACCGCGACCUCUCUCAACUUCCAAAUGGACCUUUAUACGAUCUCGACUUGUUCAAAUUAUCAGAUUCUAUCUGAUUAUGGACUUGGCUCAAAGCUACAUUCACAUGAAUUCUUUGUUCACUGAUCCCCCUCCCAAUGCGACAAUCACUUCUCAAGGUUGGCUGCUACAAAUUAUCAGCGGAGCUGCCUGGAUGACUACCCCGUAUGCUGGCAUGAGUAUGCAGUAUUUAAUCUUUGCCGUAUUCAGUGUAGGUCUUGGUUUCUCGAGCCCAGAGGAUUGGCCAGACACGUUUGGAACAUGGAAGCAUGCAUAUACAGUACGCAACUUCUGGGGGAAAUUUUGGCAUCAAAUGAUUCGACGAUACGUGACGUCUAUCGGAAAAUUCGUAUGUCGACAACUAGGCUUUCAACCUGGGACCUGGCUUUCUUCGUACACCCAGCUCUACAUUGCGUUCUUCGUUUCUGCCAUUUUGCAUUGCUUCGGAGACGUCAUGGUCGGCUGGGAAUAUCUGGGAGCGUCGUUCCCUUUCUUCAUAUCCCAAGCGUUUGGUAUAACACUUGAAGAUAUUGUUAUCGAUGUUGUUCGACGCUUGGGCUUACGGGUCACGCCUGUAUUUGCUAAAUUCAUCGGGUAUAUGUGGGUCGUGUUUUGGAUGUCGUUUUCUCUUCCUUGGUACAUCGAUUGGGCAGUCAAUGCUAAAUUAGGUCAAUCCGAAGUGUUGCCCGUUUCUCCUGUCCGUUAUGUUUUACGAGCAUUAUCACUCUUGUGAAUUAUUCGUUAAAAUGAUUCCUAAAUAUACUUUGCAGUAAAUAA